UAUUGCAUGAGUAGCAAAACUGUAGGAACCUUGUAUUCAUCAAUGAAAUUAUCUGAUAUGCGACCAUACAUCUUUGAAGCAAAUGUUCCAUAUUUGAUACUGGCUUCUCAUCAAGUUCAUGAUGUUGUUGAUACUUGGUCGUAUCAUGCUCAAUGCAACAUUACACCGUUUGAGUUUGAACUUCCACAGUAUGGAAUAAACAUCGACAUCAAGUAUUUCAACAGUGAAUUUUAUCGUGGAAUUGUCAACAGACAAAAUCCCGAGACUACGUUACAUUAUAUCCAAGGAGUAAUUGGAAGCGUGUUUAGUCUUCGAUUGGCGAAAGUUAUUCGUAUACCUUGUGAAGAGGAAGAUGAAAGUGAUUUGUUUGAUAAUGUUUCAAACGAAGUUGAGAAAUUAAGAAGAAAGCGAGACUCGUCUGGUUUCAUCGAUAGUGCGAAAUCAAGGAUGGUCGACUGGUUCAAUCAACUGCACUCAUUUAUGGACAGAAGUUUCUUUAUCAAACGGACUCCAGAAAUUUUGAACUUUGCUCGAGGCCAUGAUGACAUCCAACGAUUUGAACUGAAUCCUCAUUACAUACCAAAGGAAGGAGAGGAUCCUACAACUACUUUGGAGGGUCUAUCACCCUCUGAAGACACAACAUUGCUCGUCGAUGGAGGUCUUUUAGUCAACGUACCGACAAAUCCUGUGCUGCGUCCUCAGCGAGCCACGGACAUUUUAUUCGUUUUUGACUUUGCUCAUUCCGGAGAAGAAAUAUCAGAACAUUGGGUACUACAGAAAGCAGUUAAACUGGCACGAAUGGGAGGCCUGAAGUUUCCACCAAUACACAUUGACAAAAUUAAGGAAGAACCAUGGCGUGAAUUCUAUAUAUUUGAAGAUGCUGACGAUUCAGAAUGCCCAAUAGUUUUCUAUUUUUAUCCAUGUACAGAGAAAUUUAAGAGAUUGAAAACUUAUGAAUCGAGUCGCAAAAAUCGAGAUAAAAAUGUAACAUACUGGGAAGGAUUUACCGAUUUUGACGUCAUGGAUUCAGACACAUAUGGCAUGACAAACUCUGAUUACUCCGAUGUUGAUUUUGAGCGAUUACGAGAACUGAUGUGGUUCAACGUCAUCAUCAAUGUCGAGGUGAUGAAACGUAAAAUAAAAGAUAAGAUCCUCCAAAAACGGACUCUAAAACAGCAGCAGUCUGGUUGAUCUCCACUUCGUUUCGCUACAUUCUUUCGCAUAAAACAAUUUCAUAAAUAUAAUAAAUACAACAUUUUCUGCAGUAACUACAUAUUUGUCGUUUUGAAUGUCAAUUGAUUGAAUCAAUUGUGUAUAUUUCAUUCUAUAUCACUGUAACAACAAAAAAAGUUUCAUUGUGAAUCAGUCUUGGGGAUA